AUGAAGUCUCUCGUUUCGCUGGCUAUUCUGCCUCUUGCCGCCCAGGCAGUGAGAAUCGUUCAAUCCAAUGAUGAUGGCUGGGCAGAGUCGUACAUCCGUACUUUCAACGAUGCCCUGAACAAGGCCGGCUACGAGGUUGUUCUCUCAGCCCCAGCUGAGAACAAGUCGGGCAGCAGCUCGCGCGACGAGAAGCCCAAGGAUCGCAAGGAGGCAUGCCAGUAUAACAGCUGUCCCGCCAACAGCGGCCCUGUCGGCUCUGACCCCAAGCGUCCUGAUCUCAACUGGGUCAACUCAUUCCCUGUCACUUCCAUCAAGUAUGGUAUCGACACCUUUGGCCCUGGUCUGUGGGAUGGUGCUGCACCCGAAUUGGCUGUUACUGGCCCCAAUGUCGGUACCAACCUCUGGCUUCAGGUGCCCUUCUCUGGUACUGUCGGCGCUGCCUGCUAUGCAGCUCACGAUGCUGGCAUCCCGGCGAUCGCCUUCUCUGGAGCUUCCUCCGGCAACACUGCCUUCAACACGAGCCCUGUUCCCGCUCGCAGCCUUGUGUACGCUGAGCUGGCCACCAAGCUGGUCAAGAAGGUCGUGGACUCUGGAAAGCCUUACCUCCCCAAGGACGUCUUCCUCAACGUCAACUUCCCCAAGGUCGAGGGAAAGUGCACCGACGCAUCCAAGUUUAAGUGGGUGUUGAGCCGCAUCAACCCUGGUGUCUUUUCUAAGCCUGAUACUGAGUGGUGCGGUGAUGACCGCCUGCCCACCGAGACGGAUGUUAUUCUUGAGGAUGGAUGCUACAUUUCUGUCAGCAUUGGUGACGCCACUGACAAGACGACUGUGAACGAUGAGCGACAGGAUGUUGUGCUUGCAAAGCUCAGGGAUAUGCUCGUGUGCCUGCCUUAA